GUUUGUUGGCCACAGCCCACACUAGUUAUAAAAACCUCAGUGAAAUCCUUCUUCCCCCAUGAUGAAACCUCCUCCGAGCUUGCUUCGAAAUUCCAUUUCUCAACAAUGGCGUCUCAUUCACGCUUCCUCCUUCUCUCUCUGUUUCUCAGCUCCAUUCUCUUGACUACCCACAUCGUCAACUCUGCAGAUGAGGAACAGAACCUUCUCCAGCAAAUUAACAGUUACCGGGUUUCUGUAAACUUGACAGCACUGAAAGAGAAUGGCAAUGCAAAGUGCCUCGCUGAAGGAAUGGCGGACGAAUUCAGAGAUCAACCGUGUACUAACAACACAGGAGCAAACACUGUUCCGGGCACUGAAACGCAGUUCUCUUCCUAUCCUCAAGUUCUGCAGAGCUGCCAUUUGAAUGUUACUACCACAAGAGAUGGAGCAAUAAUGCCUGCCUGCGUUCCCAAUCUCGUUCCCGAUCUUGUUCUAUCCAACUUCACGCAAUCACAGUACGCUAGCAACCUCAAUGACACCAAGUAUACUGGGAUUGGAAUCGGCUCCAAAAAUAACUGGAUUGUUGUUGUUUUGACCACAGACACACCGGAAGGAAACUAUGCUACUGCAACUAAUGACAACAGUUCAGCCAAUUUAGUCUCGACGUUCGGUCUGUUUUGCCAAGCACUAUUUUUAUCUGUGUCCUUCUGGAUGAUGAUGUGAUCUAGCUAAAUCCUUACAAUUUUCUUCUUAUUCUGAGAGAGUCGUUUUUAUACCAGGCUGUGAACAAUGUACACUUAUACUGUAGAUUGACAAUCUUUAUUGAUGCAGUGAAGGAAAGAACACAUGCUUUUACCUUGUUUGUCUUUCAGCGAAUUAUUUUGCCAUCUUAUUGAUGUAGUGUAGAAAAGAA